GAUAUCGCUCUGGAGCUAGGCUUACGGAUAAUCGCGGUCGAUAGACCUGGAAUCGGCUUGAGCACGCCGCAUCCCCAACGAACAUUGUUGGAUUGCCCAAGAGACCUACAAUGUCUCGUCGACCGUCUGCAACUCGAGAGCUACUCUGUUCUGGGUGCAUCUGGAGGAGGCCCCUAUACUCUUGCGUGCGCAGCAGCACUUCCAGCUCCGCAGCUCAAAUGCGUAUCCGUCGUAUGUGGGGUCGGACCAAUGGACAUUGGCAUGAAGGGAGCAGACCUCCAGCACCAAUUUGGCUUCCCGUUCGGAUGGAAGCACGCGCCCGUCUUUCUCAUCAAAUGGUUCUUCAGCCGCGAUGCUUUUGGGCGUAUGGAUCUAAGCGACGAGGAGCGUUUACAGCGUGUGCUAGACCCCUCAAAGCUCGCCUCAAUCAAGGAUCCAAGGGAUCGCGAGAUCAUGGCAGAUGAGGACCUCAUCCGCCUGAUAUUACGAUCAACUCGUGAAGCGAGAGCGCAGGGUUUCGACGGUAUAGCGUUGGAUGGGCGAACGAUAUGUAGUGACUGGGGUUUCCGGGUCGAGGACAUCAGGAAGGAUCUGCCGGUGCAGUUGUGGUAUGGCAAGGAUGACUGUUUCGUACCUGCCCAUCAUGGAAUGCAGAUUGCGGCGAGGCUGCGCGGUGACAAUGGAAAUGUCGUUUUGAGGGUGGAGGAUGAUACGCAUACGACCAUCUCGCAGAGGUGGAAGAGGGCGCAGCUUGAAGCUAUUGCUGCCGUGAUGCAGGGGUGA